ACACCGAGGCGGAUCUGAUGAUGCUGAUUGAGGAGUGCAGGGGCACUUAUGAAGGCCUGGAGAAGAUGAGGAAGCCGUACGACUGUCUGCAGUUCUUCGCCGAGGAGGAGGGCCGCUACUACCACCUGCCUGCGGAGGCCGACCGAGCAAGCCGACAGGAUCCCCGCCAAGCCGACUUUGUAAAUGCAGACCAAAAGAACAAGACAUCGACAAGCUAUGUUCCAGUCAAGGACGCCGUUGCAGCGCAUGGCAACGAAAUUGGCACCUGCCCUGGUCCCAUCAUCCCUUACCACGUAUACUGGACCGGUCCCGCGACAUGGCGAGUCGAGGUCUUCAUCAAGAGCUACCUGUACACACAAAACCUGGCCUGCUCGCGCCUCUGGCUAUGGCUUGACAGCGACCGCAACCCCAACGCUGUUGAAAACAUGCUCAACAAGGACUCUCUAUUCGCUCGUUUCAUGCACUUGGUCGAGCGCGGUGACAUCGUUGUUAUGCCUUGGAAGUUCCCCAGUCGCAUCCCAAUGCCCAAGGACGUGGACGCGAAGACUGGCUUUGGAUACUGGAGCAAGCCUGGUGCCCCCAAUGCACUUGGAGAGAAGGCUGUGGCCGAUAACAUCAUCGAGGACAAGGAAGGCCAGCAGUGGUCUCGUUCUCACGCCCAAGCAGAUGACCUUCCUGCCCGUUGCAGUCUCGGACGCUGUACGAUUCAUUGUGCUGCACAUCUACGGCGGUGCCUACUUCGACAUGGACGUACUCAUGCUCAGGGACAUGCGCCCCCUUCUCCUGCCCAAGGACCACGCCUUUGCCGAGCGAUGGGGUGCACACCCGCACCCUGGCGAGUACAACACCGCUAUCAUGUCGCUCUCCGCCAAUUCCUCCCUCUCUUCGUACCUGCUGUUUGGCGGUAUUCGCAUGGGUGUCAACUUCCACCCGCGAGUGCUGGGACGCAUGGCAUGGAAAGACGGUCGUGAUCAAGAGUUCAAGAUGUUCGAGACUGCCGCAUUCGACCCUAUCUGGACUGAGUUUAACUGGGACCGUGAAGGCAGAUGCACCGUGCCGUGUCUCCGCGACUAUGGUGCCGUCUUCAAGGGCAGAGUUGGCGCCAUCAAGGACGAGUGGGAGAGCUAUUCCGGACCCCAACUCGAGACCAUCGAUCUCAAGGAGCCUCAGCGAAAAGAACUCAAGGCGCGAGCCCACGAUGAGGAUGAGCCAGCUAAGCACACUGACAAGAAUCCUCACGACUCGUUCCAGGCCUCGCUCGACGAAGAGACGCAGCUGCGCAACGAAGGCGUCAUCUCCGACUACAUCCUCGAUGAAGACAAAUUCCCUCCCAACAACCGUACCCUCUCAAAUUUCUUCCGUGGCUCCUGGACAUACCACAUUCACAACCAGGUAAGUUUAGAAUCCCGCAGCCCAUCACAUGUUUUUCCACGCUUUCCAACCCCGCAAAAGCCACCGGCGCUAGCCCUUAACGGCGCAUGUGGCGUCCGCCCUGCCCCACUUCUUCCCAACCAAAACGUGAGCAUCACGCUAACACCGCUCGCAGUGGCUCAAGCAUCCCGAACCCUCAUCGUGUCAAGCUGCUCGCUUCGUCUGUCCCCCCCCCCUUUUGCGGCUGUCUCGGCACAGACUCCGGUGGCUGAAAAGGUUGCCGUGUCGCAAGGAAUGCUGGACCCGAGUGAACUCAGGUCCAGCUCACCGCAAGGCCGUGCAACAUUCAGGGGCGUGACUAUCUGCCUCGCGCCUGGAACUCCACAUAUCAUCAGGCGGGACACAUGCCGUUGCAGUCACGGACCUCUUUGCGGGGGGGGGGGCGUAUUCAUUCUAUCUUUUUUUCAGAACAGGAAUAGGGAACAGGUGUAUAUGUGAAUAGAAAGUGAACAUUCA